GCAUGGGAACCAGUUAAAGAAAGUAUUAAUUCACUAGAGUGAAGCUGAGAACUCAGCGGCCUUUGUCCCUGCUGAAUGUGUCCGGAAAGGCAAAGAAGAGCGAGAUUCUCCCCUGGGGUUUCUCAUCUCCAUGGCGGUAGGUGCUAACAGCCUCAGAAAAGAACAGAAACCGGGGUAAAGAGCCCUGAGAUGCUAGCUGCAGUGCUCUUACAAGAUGAAAAGGACACGGACUUUGGAUUGCAACUUCAUUGUCUGUAACUAAGGGAAAGAGAAGAGCUGCCAGUGUCCAAAAAAAGGAAGAAAAAGAAAAAAACAUGAUGGAUGACAGGAGACAAAAGCAGAAGCAAUUUUACACCUCAUUGAAAGCUUACCUGGGAGUGGUUUUAACUCCUCUGGGGAACGGAGCUGAAUUCUCAACUGAAAUGAGCCAUCCAUAUUGCGUUCCCAUGAAGCCUUAGCUAUUUUAGAUGAUUUGAACUGAAAAGUUAAACCAAGAAACAGCAACACACCUGGAGUUAUUACGGCCACAAAACUCCCCUGGAUGCUCUAAGGACGAAAGAAAGGAUGAGCUAUUACGGCAGCAGCUACAGGACUGUCAGUGUGGACCCCCAGUACCCUGGGUACCCCCCGGAGCAUGUCACAACCGAGAAGAGGAGGGCGAGGCGGCGCCUGUUGCACAAGGACGGCGGCUGCAACGUGUACUUCAAGCACCUUUUUGGAGAAUGGGGCAGCUACGUGGUUGACAUCUUCACCACCCUGGUGGACACCAAGUGGCGCCACAUGUUCGUGAUCUUCUCUUUGUCUUACAUUCUGUCCUGGUUGGUGUUCGGCUCCAUCUUCUGGCUCAUCGCGUUUCACCACGGGGACCUGCUGCAUGACCCGGGCAUCACCCCCUGCGUGGACAACGUCCACUCCUUCACCGCGGCCUUCCUCUUCUCGCUGGAGACCCAGACCACCAUCGGCUACGGCUACCGCUGUGUCACCGAGGAGUGCUCGGUGGCGGUGCUCACGGUCAUCCUCCAGUCCAUCCUGAGCUGCAUCAUCAACACCUUCAUCAUCGGAGCCGCGCUGGCCAAGAUGGCCACGGCCCGCAAGCGCGCGCAGACCAUCCGCUUCAGCUACUUCGCCCUCGUCGGGAUGCGGGACGGGAAGCUCUGCCUCAUGUGGCGCAUCGGCGACUUCCGGCCCAACCACGUGGUGGAAGGGACCGUCAGGGCCCAGCUGCUCCGAUACACAGAGGACAGCGAAGGCAGGAUGACCAUGGCGUUCAAAGAUCUCAAAUUAGUCAAUGACCAGAUCAUCCUGGUCACGCCGGUAACCAUCGUCCAUGAAAUCGACCACGAGAGCCCCCUGUAUGCCCUGGACCGCAAAGCGGUGGCCAAGGAUAACUUCGAGAUCUUGGUGACCUUCAUCUACACCGGGGAUUCCACGGGGACGUCCCACCAGUCCAGGAGCUCCUACGUCCCUCGGGAGAUCCUCUGGGGACACAGGUUUCACGACGUCCUGGAGGUGAAGAGGAAAUAUUACAAGGUGAACUGCCUGCAGUUCGAGGGCAGCACCGAGGUCUACGCGCCCUUCUGCAGCGCCAAGCAGCUGGACUGGAAAGACCAGCAGCUCCACGGCGUGCAGAAGCCGCCCCCCGGCCGAGGGUCCUGCGCCGCAGACGCCAAGGUCAGGCGAAAGUCGUUCAGCGCAGUGGCCAUUGUCAGCAGCUGUGAAAACCCAGAGGAAAACCCCACGUCUGCCGCCGAUGAGCCUAAGGAGCCACCUUAUCAGAAAGCUCUUCUCACGUUAAACAGAAUCUCCGUAGAAUCCCAAAUGUAGCCCCACGUCACAAUUACGAGGCUAUCACGCCAUCAUUUUUCCCUCCAGCCUUAAGGCAAGUAGUUGUAAGCAUGGCUUGUAAAAAAUGUCCUAGCUGUGCUUUAUGGUGAUGGUGGGUAAGCUGAGAAGGUUACACUUGGUGAAGGAUAACAUAAAAAUGCCCUAGUUCUGAAAUACGGAAAAUCCUCUUGCUACCCCAUUUUCAAUUAAGAAUGCUAUUGAUUGGCUCGGUGCCCAUAGCACAGUGGUUAGGGCGUCAGCCACAUACACGGAGGCUGGCGGGUUUGAACCCAGCCUGGACCAGUUGCACAAUGACAACUACAAUAAAAAAAAAAAAAAAAUAGCCAGCUGUUGUGGCAGGUGCCUGUAGUCCCAGCUACUAGGGAGGCUGAGGUAAGAGAAUCCCCUAAGCCCAGGAGUUUGAGGUUUGUCACUCUGUGACAAAGUACUCUGUCUCAAAAAAAAAAGAAUGCUAUUGAUUCAUUAAAAUUCAUUUCCUUUUAUAAUCUCAUAUAUUCGUGCCUUUCGUUGGAGGCACAGUGUUUAGGAAUGGGGAUAAAGGCUGAAAAGAGCACUGGAAUGAAUAAAAAGUAAGAAAUGUAAUUAUUCAAGUAAGCAAGCUUGAAUAAUUACAUUUUAAAAUAUAUUAAAAUUGACAAUGAGUGAUUUCCUAUGAAAAAAUCAUAUUGUCUAACCAAGAGAUACACAGUGUGCAUCCAGAAAAAAACUGUACUGCUGAGCUGAGUAGCCGUGAAAGUAGCUUCCCAGCUUGAGUCACUGCUCUUGUACGUAGUGUCAGCAGGCAGAGGUAUGGGGACAACAAAUCAAUAAUGCCACCAGGUGCCCUGCCACUUGGGGAAGUAGUGAUCAAUGAGUGCCAGCAGCUAUUUUUUUCUCUGAUAAGGCAAAGGACAAAUUGACAUCAUUAUUUAGAGCAAUGGUCCUCUUAAAGACCCUGGUUGACACCCCCCGCAGAAAAAUGAGGCAACCAUGACUUUUCUAGGUUCUCUGAUAAGGGCGUGAUGAAGGGAUGGGAUCAUAUAGCUGAGGUGAAGGGAGGGUUAGCAGCUAUAAACACACUCCCCGUGUCCCAAAAGACUGCAACUUGGCUGCCACAUAAGACACAGAACCUUUAGGAGGGGGUGUGGAGAGGGAGGUAUUUAUUCGUGCCUGGUAGCAGUUAAGUAUGUGUCCUGUCUUGGUCACUUUACAAGAUAUAAAUGACUCCAGUCAUGGCUUUUAAGAAAUGCUUUCCCUGAAAUUGGGACAAUCAUUUAAAUGAAUGCUUUUGAGAAAUGUAAUACAAUCAAGAUGAUUUUAAGGCCCAUUCAUUGGAUAAUGUGAGUGGUAUGAUAUUGCUUGAAUUUUAGAACAGGAGAAAAAUUUGUGUAUUCUAUUUCCGUGUUAAAAAAUGUUAAUCAUGAUUACAUUGAGCACACAUCCAAUUUACCAAGGAGUAAAAGGGUCACUUUAAGCUUUGUAAAUCGAAGAGUCAUUAGCUACAUUCAGAAUUACUUGUGCGUUUUGUUUUUACUUUGUUGAUGAGUUGCCAUAAGAAUGUGCCACAGUUUUUGUUUCUUUUAUUUAAGUACAUGUAUAUAUAUACACACACACAGUUUUUGCUUUUCUGAAAAAUCAAUCUCUCCCAUUUAAAUUAAACUAUACAAGUAGACCAAAUGAAAUCAGCUGGUCCGUGAUUUCCAAUCAAGGUAAAAUUUAUGGUAUGGAAAGUGUUUUUCUUUUUCUUCUUUCUUUCCAUUUUCUUCUUUUUUCUCUUUCCUUUCCUUCUUUUUUUUUCUCUCUCUCUCUCAUCAAGGAGCCAUCAGGUUACUUGUUAAAUGUGCAUGUACAAAUCCUUAAUUCCAGUUAUUUUAUGGAGAAGAGAUUUGUUUGGUCACAAGUCACGAUUGCUGUCCUGCUGAGGGAUUCAAACCUUAUUUUUAAAAGUCACACACACACAUUAUAAAUUUAGGUUUUACAGUAGCAGUUCCUAGGCUAAAUGAGAGUACUAUCAUCUCCUUAGUAGAAAACAACCACCAUGACAACAAACACAAGUGCUUUAAAAAAAUGUAUUUUUAGCUUGUUUCGUCCACCUCGAGUUUCAUUUGACUUUGCUUUGCCUCCUGGACUCUGCCUCUUCCCUGAGGCUUGCCUUGUCCAUAUCAGAAUAGGGCCAUCAAUGUCUAAUUAAAUACAUUCCUUGUACUAUGGGAAUCGACAAUCAAACCCUCUUACCCAAAAUAGAAUGUGAAGUCAGAAUUUCCAUGCAAUAUUGUUCUCUAAUUUCUGUGUAGAUUUAUAACGUGUUUUGACAACCUAAAUGAGUUACUUAAUAAUAAAGAUCUUAAAAUGA